AUGCUCUUCUCCACCACUCUUCUAGCUUCCAUUGUGUCGCUUGCUCUGGCUGCUCCCAGCACCCCCAAGGUGGUCACUUUUCCAGUCACCAAGCACCACAGAGACUCCAAGUUUGCCCAGGCCCACCUGCAUACCCGACAGACUCCUGUUUCCAUCGCCAACCAGCAGGAUUAUUACUCCAUUGCCCUGGGCCUGGGAACCCCUGUCCAGAACUUCAACGUUCUUCUGGACACAGGAUCAUCUGAUCUGUGGGUCUACAAUGUCACUGACACUAACGAUUGCAAAAAAGGCGGCUGUGCUUUCACUGGUCAGUACAACGACGCUUUGUCCAGUUCUUACGUCUUCCUCAACGACGACUACUCCAUUCAUUACGUGUCUGGAAGCGCCUACGGCAACUGGGGAACUGAGACGUUGACCGUCGGAGACAUUACUCUCGAGGGCUUCCAGUUUGCUUGCGCCAACAAUGCCGGAGGACAAGUUGGAGUCAUGGGCAUCUCUGUGGAGAAUGAUGAGUCGAUCCAGCCUUAUCAGAACACCUAUCCCAACUUCCCUGUGGCUCUCCAGAAUGCCGGCUACAUUGAUAGACUGGUAUACUCAUUGUACUUGGACUCUCAGACCGCUACCAGCGGAACAUUCCUGCUAGGAGGUAUUGACUAUGCCAAGUUCAGCGGCUCUCUGGUCUACCUGCCUCUUGCCGAUUCAGGUGGAAUGGACCUCAACUACAACAGUAUCUCCUACAACGGCAAGGACUACGCAGGUUCGGGUACUGCCACUCUUGACUCAGGAACCUCCUACACUUAUAUUCCCGACCAGGCUUUCCAAGCCCUUGCUUCUGCUCUCAAGCUUGGAGCCCUUUCCACCGGAGGCACUGGUCUUAACUACAUUGACUGCGACUCCGAUGUGACCAUCGAGUUUGGUUUUGAGGGUGUCACUAUUGUCGCCCAAUCUUCUCAGCUAGUUAUCCCCGAAAGUGACGGCAAGUGUGUCUUUGGUAUCCAGUCCGACAGCCAGUCUGAAGGAUACGAUCUUUUCGGAGACACUUUCCUGCGAAAUGCUUAUGUCGUCUACGACCUGCAGGAUUCUGUUAUCGGUCUUGCCCAGGCCGAGUACACCACCAGUUCCAACAUUCAGCCGGUCACCGGACCUCUUGGUAACUGA